AUGACCGAUUGGAAAAAUGAGAUUCUUCGUCAUAUUCCUUUCACUCCACCGGCACUUUGUAAACAACAAAACGCUCUUGUUCGACCACAUGGAACGUUUGAAUGUUCCCAUCAUCAAAUGGGCUAUCGAUUGUUCAACUGGAUAACUUUCUUAUGGCGAUCAUAUUUUGUGUUCGUUGACCGACUCGGUUUCUGUAUUCCAAAAAGUCAUCGAACUGUGUGUACAGAGGAUGCCUACGAAAUAAUCUCACCAUCACUACAAGUCAACAAACAAAUUGAUGGAUUCGAGCAGGAAGACGAGGCGAUCUUUCACGAAAGGAACGCGUUAGCCAUGGAUAAAAAGCUCGAUCGGCGUGAACGGCCACCAGAGGGACACAUCGAAUUGAUCAGAAGCGCUUAUAAAUCGAUCAACGCUGAAUUCGAAGCAAUACAACGAACGGCUGGACUUGAAGCUUAUGCAGAAGCACAAAGAACAACGACACACCUAAAUCGGUUUUAUGCAAGAAAGAAAGCUCCAAUCUUGGGGGAAAACAGGCCUUCCCCAAUUACUAUGACACUUCCGGCUAUAGAGGAACAACCACCAAUGAACAUGUGGACACCGAUCGAAAAAAAUGUUAUGGGUGAGGAAACUCGUAAACUAGCUUGCUUGCCUUGGAUCAGUGAUCGUGACGAAGAUUGUGAUGCGGAACCCCAGCUUAUUUUACAGUUUAAAGAGGGAAUUCAUGGUUACUAUGAAAGCCCAUAUCUUAACGAUUGGGUCUUGUACAAGUUGGCAACAAAUCUCCAGCCACACUUUAACAACGACGAAGAACUCCAUGCGGCACUGGCAUAUGAGUUCCCUGACAAAGUUUCGGCUGCUACUCUAAAAAAUGAUUUGAAAAAUAUAGCGGUUCGCUUAGAAGGUGCGCCAACGCAAGAAGAAAUGCAGAUGCCAAAGUGCCACAAAGACUAUGUUCUGGAAAAGGGAAAUGUUCAGCCGAUUGUCGACUCGUCCAUGGAGAAAACGACCGCCAGCAUCCAAGCACAAAUGCAUCGCUUUAAUGAGAUUCGUUGGAGGAACAAUAUGUCGGCUGUGCAUACCAAUCGCCGACCGGUUCCAUGUAAUCAUCCCGGCAAAGAAUGCAAGGUGAAUGAAUGCGAAUGCUUGGGCGAGGAUGGCUUUUGUACAAAAUACUGCCAAUGUGGAGAUUGCCCUCACAAAUUUCCGGGAUGUGCUUGUAAAGGAGUGUGCUCUGCCAAGUCUUGCGGAUGUUUUUUCGCAUUGGUCGAAUGUGAUCCAAAUGUGUGUCAUCCUGCUCAACGAUCAGAAGGUGUAGCUCUUUGCUGCAAAAACAUGCAAAUUGGCACAGGUGUUAAGAAGAAUGUUGAGGUUUGCACCUCCGAAAUUAAAGGUGCCGGCUAUGGACUGUUUCUCAGAGAACCAGUGAAUAAGGAUGAGCUCAUCGGUGAGUACGUGGGAGAAGUAUUGGAUGAGGAUGAGGCAAACCGCCGAGGACUGAUUUACGACAAGACUGGAGUCUCCUACUUGUUCAGACUCAAUAAAGAGGAAACUGUUGAUCCAUGCAUUCUGGGAAGCACGAUGCGCUUUGCAAACCACAAGUCCGGUCGAGAAGCCAACUGUUACGUCAAGACACCUCUGGUUGAUGGUGUUCAUCGAAUUGGAGUCUUCGCUUCGCAAAAUCUACGUCCCGGUGCUGAGCUUUUUUUCGAUUACAGAUGGGACGAGGACGAAAAGAAGCAACUGCUUGGGUCCAACUACAAGAAGCUCGCAAAGGAAAAAGCCGUUUCCAAGAAGCCAAAAUUUGUCGGCAAGUCGGGAAAAUUGAAGGCAAAAUCGCAU